UCGAGCCAGACGAUGUUGGGUGCUGUGGCAAGAGCUGGAUCCAGCCUUUUGGCUGGAAAAACCAUCGAAAAACUUGGAAGUGAGUCGCUGAAAGUCGUCUCCGUGUACAAUGGAUCCCAACGUGGUUUGGCUGCCAAGGCCGCCGCCUCCGGCAAACCCAACGGUAAAGUGGUUGCCGUAAUCGGUGCCGUCGUCGACGUCCAAUUCGACGACAACCUUCCCCCAAUCCUUAACGCCCUUGAAGUCCAAAACCGUUCCCCACGUCUUGUCCUGGAAGUCGCCCAACAUUUGGGUGAAAACACCGUCCGUACCAUCGCCAUGGACGGUACCGAAGGUCUCGUACGUGGACAAGCCGUCAGCGAUACCGGCUAUCCCAUCCGUAUCCCAGUCGGCGCUGAAACCCUUGGCCGCAUUAUAAACGUCAUUGGUGAACCCAUUGACGAAAGAGGUCCAGUACCAACCGAUAAACUUGCACCCAUUCAUGCUGAAGCUCCCGAAUUCGUUGAAAUGAGUGUCGAGCAAGAGAUUCUCGUCACUGGGAUUAAAGUUGUUGAUUUGUUGGCACCGUAUGCCAAGGGCGGGAAAAUUGGGCUUUUUGGAGGCGCUGGAGUCGGGAAGACUGUGCUGAUUAUGGAGUUGAUCAAUAAUGUGGCUAAGGCACAUGGUGGGUAUUCCGUGUUUGCCGGAGUUGGGGAGAGGACCAGAGAAGGGAAUGAUUUGUACCAUGAAAUGAUCGAGUCUGGUGUUAUUUCCUUGAAGGAUAAGACAUCGAAGGUAGCGUUGGUGUAUGGACAAAUGAACGAACCACCAGGCGCCAGAGCUAGGGUGGCUUUGACCGGAUUGACAGUCGCUGAAUAUUUCAGGGAUCAAGAAGGACAAGAUGUGCUGUUGUUUAUUGAUAAUAUUUUCAGGUUCACCCAAGCUGGUUCUGAAGUAUCAGCUCUGUUGGGUCGUAUCCCCUCUGCUGUGGGCUACCAGCCGACUUUAGCCACUGACAUGGGUAGCAUGCAGGAACGAAUUACCACCACGAAAAAGGGCUCAAUCACGUCAGUCCAGGCCAUUUACGUGCCCGCUGACGAUUUAACUGACCCCGCCCCUGCGACAACAUUCGCCCACUUGGACGCCACAACUGUCCUGUCCCGUGCUAUUGCCGAAUUGGGCAUUUACCCGGCCGUGGAUCCCCUGGAUUCCACCUCGCGUAUUAUGGACCCCAACAUCAUCGGGCAGGAGCACUACAAUGUGGCCCGUGGCGUCCAGAAAAUCCUCCAGGAUUAUAAAUCGCUCCAGGAUAUUAUUGCCAUCUUGGGCAUGGACGAGCUGUCUGAAGACGACAAGUUGACGGUGGCACGUGCCAGGAAGAUCCAGCGUUUCCUGUCGCAGCCGUUCCAAGUCGCUGAAGUUUUCACCGGACAUGCUGGCAAGUUGGUGCCGUUGCAGGAGACCAUCAAAGGAUUCCAGAAGAUUCUAGGAGGGGAGUACGACCAUUUGCCCGAAGUUGCGUUCUAUAUGGUCGGGCCCAUUGAAGAGGUCGUACAGAAAGCAGAGAAGUUAGCCGAGUCUACUGCUUAAUUUCAUUAUUUCCAUCUAGGUUUCAAAGUCAUUUUUUUUAUUUGUAACGUUGUCAACUGUACAUCAUCGCAUUAUAAGGCGUAUUUGUUGUAAUUACUAUUGAUUCUAAGAAAAGAUGUAGGACGUUACAUGGUUAUUGUGUUUUAUUUAUUUCCUGCAAUAAAUUUUUGAAGGAAUA